AUGCCGACACCUGCAAGUUCGCAAAAAGAAGUGCGGGACAAGGAUCAAGACAAGGUACAAGCAGCGAGUACUGCGGAUGACAAGACCGACCGUCCACCGACCCCUCCUCCGACUCAAACCGAAUUAGAAAAACAACGCGAGCACGAAGAACAGCGAAAGAAAGCAGGAGAAGAACGGAAAAAGGUGGUGAAGCAAGAGAUCGACCGAUUGAAUGAAAAAUUCAAGAACCUUUCGUAUUAUUACAAGAUUGUGGACCGAGUUGGCUCAGGUGCAUUUAGUACGGUGUACAAAGCAGUCGAUUUACGGCAAGAUUAUUACGAUAACUCGGCAUGGCGUGUCGCAUCCGCUGCAGCAGAAAAACACAAUUUUAUCGCCCUGAAACGCGUUUACAUGACCAGUAGCCCCGACAGAAUCGCCAAUGAAAUCGCCAUCCUUCGUGACAUUAGAGGAAGUGCCUAUGUUACACCAUUAAUCACCGCUUUUCGCCAGCACGACCAAAUCUAUAUCGUUCUCCCAUACAUUGAACAUGAUAAUUUUCAUACGAUAUUUCGUUCCAUGUCCUUGCAGGAUAUGAGAUACUAUCUAAAGUCACUUUUUGCGGGCCUGGCGCAUCUUCACGAACAAAAUAUCAUCCAUCGAGACGUCAAACCGGGCAACUUUCUAUACAACCAGCGUCAUCGAACCGGCGUUCUUGUGGACUUUGGUCUUGCGCAACGACAAGCCAAUCCGCCUGCAGCCGCCGCCAAUCCGUCCAAAGAAGAAUCACAACCCCUCCUCGCCACCAACAAUACACCCGGUUUCUAUAGAAAUGACCCAAGAAAACCUCUUCGUGCGAAUCGUGCUGGUACACGAGGCUAUCGAGCUCCUGAGGUUUUGUUCCGAAUGAUGCAUCAGACUUUUCUCAUUUAUUUUAUAGCCAUUGAUAUAUGGUCGGUCGGUGUAUUGAUGUUAUCCUUAUUUACCGGUCGGUAUCCGUUUUUCCUCGCCCAUGAUGAUUCCGACGCUUUGGUAGAGAUUGCCACGUUAUUUGGAUUGGCUGAAAUGAAAGCAUGCGCUAAUUCACAUCGUCGCACCUUUGAGACAAAUAUUGAAUCCAUUCCGCCGACUCGCGUUUCUUUUUACCGACUCGUUUUGGAAUUAAAUAACGAGCAUGCAAAGACUUGGAGUGAACAAGAGCUGAGAGAUGCCGUCGAUCUGAUGGCACAAUCACUAGAGUUGGAUUGGACGAAACGAAUCACUGCAAAGGACGCUCUGCAGCACCCAUUCUUGGCCUGUAUCUAA